AUGGUGAGGAUGGGUAAACGUUUCUAUGAUAUCGCAGUCAACGCUACUGAUUGCAUGUUUCAUGGAUCUUAUAAUGGUAAAAAAUAUCAUGAUAUAGAUCUGAUCAACGUCUUCAAAAGAGCUUACCAACAAAAUGUACUCUGUUGCCUACUUACUGGUUCCUCUAUAAAAGAAUCUAUCAUCACAAAAUCCAUUGCAAAUGAAUACGCUACUACCUCUCUUUUCAAACUACCUUCCUUAUACUACACUAUAGGUGUACAUCCUUGUUCUGUUAACGAAUUCAUCACUUAUAACAACAACUACAACAACAAGACUGACCACACUCUCUCAAAUGACCAAUUCUUCCAAUUGGCUCAGGAUUCACCACUUGUGCCUGUUGAAAACUUGAACCUAUUAUUACAACUGUGGAAGGAUUCUUUGAAUGAUCCAAAAUUUAGAGCCCUGGGUGAAAUGGGACUGGAUUACGAUAGACUCAACUACUCUUCCAAAGAAAUGCAACUGCUCUUCUUCAAGGAACAAUUGAAACUAUCUUGUGACCCUCAACUACAACACCUGCCUCUAUUCUUACACAUGAGAAACUGUAGUGAAGAUUUCAUCCCAAUUUUAAACCAAUUCAUAAAUGGUUACCAUGACACAUCAAUGAUAUCACCCAACGAUCCUCCUCGUCUCUACAAAUUCUCUGACCAAAGGCUAAUGGUAGUCCAUUCUUUUACCGACUCGACCCAGGAUAUGUGCGAUCUGGUCAACCUAUCUCCUAACAUCUACAUCGGUUUAAAUGGUGCCUCUUUGAGAUCCCAACAGAAUCUAGAUACCGUCAAGGAGAUACCGUUGGAUCGUAUCCUUAUCGAAACAGAUUCCCCAUGGUGUGAAAUCAGAAAGUCCCAUCCUUCUUACCAAUGGCUUCACAAAGAAGAUGGUGAGAUCCAGCCAAGAUACGAAGAACCUUACAAAACUGUUAAAAAGGAUAAGUUACAAGGGAAACCUGAUGAUGAGAAACAAGUAACUAUGGUUAAAUCAAGAAAUGAACCUUGUCUUGUAGAACAAGUCGCAAUUGUAGUUUCUCAAUUGAAAAAUAUCCCAUACGAUGAAUUUGUCGACACUGUAUGGGAAACUUCUUGUAAAAUUUAUGGUGAAUAA